AGCAACCCUUGUGCAAAGGCUAUAAUCGAACUAACACAAACCUUGAAACCAAAUUUUGGCGAAAACAACAUGGUAUUCAGCCCAUGGAUGGUUCAACAACGAAAGCCAAAAUGGCGGCAACUUCCUCGCCGCUCAGUUGAGCAUACAGCUAGUGAUACUCCCAUUAACUCCAUCUCAAAAGUCCAAGCACAAUCUCUAGCCUCCAAGAUUGUCGCCACUUCUGAUCCUCAAGAUUUAAAGAAAAAUAGAUUUGCAGUGAUGGCAGAGAUUAUGGAGGAAGAUACUGAGCUACUAAAUUCAAAUGAAGAUAUUGGGGUGGGAAACUCCUUUAACAAUAAGGAUUCUAUUGGUCCCACCAUGCCCAUGGAUUGUGUUCCUAUUGGCCUGCCUUCAGCCCUUUCAACCAACUUUGUCAAGCCAAAACCCAAACAAAGAAAGUCCAAAACUGGGGGUCCAGUCUUUAAAGAAACUAAGCCCCUUACUCCUAAACCAUACCAUCCCACCAGUCCUUAAGAAACAACAAGAAUCCUGUUCUCAGUUGUCUCAACACUCAACCACAGAAUCUAGAGAGAGCAUGGUUGCCAACCAAAACACGGUGAACUCAAUUACUGAUCACAAUGCUCUCCCCUGUCCUUUGCCUUUGCCUGCCACUAUUAAUCAAAACCAAAGACAGGU